GAAAAAAACUAUAUAAGGGAGACAAUGUACCUCAUUCUCCUCAGAAAGGUUUUCCUGUAGAGCAUUGAUCUACGGCUCAGCAGUAGAAGGCAGUGUUUGCUUUUUCCGCACAACUUGGCAAAUACAAUUAAUUAUUACUUCUUUUAUUUUCAGACUACAUAUAUAACCAGGUUCGGUUCGUCUCAAGCAAUCGACGCUACAACAUAUCCAAAUAAUCCACUUUGCUUUAAGGGUGCCGAUAUUGCUUUAUUAAUUAAUAUCGCCUUGGGGAUACUAUUCUAAUUACAAAAUGACGACCAAAGAUCCCACGAAGGAAGACCCCACAUCAACUACGGUCACAUUUUUUGACGAUUUGCAUCACUCUUCAUCCAGCGAGUCGGCAAACAAGCCGGACGACCUUAGCAAAGACAGUGUUGAAGUUACUGCAGUGCCAGGAACGGCCGUUUCUACGGGCGAAGAACCAUCGGAAUUGCGCAAGUUUUGGGUGGUUUUUGUAUGCGGAGUUGCCUUAGUCUCUGAUGGAUACUGCGGAAAUACAAUUGGCACGGUAAUUACGAUUCUCAAGAAAUUGUAUCCAACUGAAACAGCACAUUCUAGUGCUCUGAAGAAUGUGGGUAUGAUUGCUUAUGUGGGAACGCUCGUGGGCCAAUUGACAUUUGGGUAUAUUUCCGACCAAAUUGGCCGCAAGCGAGGUAUGAUUACCGCUACCAUCAUUCUUAUCGUUUCCAUUGCUCUCUGCGCUGGCGCAUAUGGAAACCAUGGAAGCAUUAAGGGUAUGAUUACCGCACUCAUCGUAUACCGCUUUUUUCUAGGUAUUGGUAUUGGUGCUGAAUAUCCAUGUGGCUCCGUCGCAGCGUCCGAAUCCACAGCUGAAAUGAAGUCCGGUCAGCGACAUGCAGUCUUUAUUUCGGUAACAAACCUGGCACUUGUUACUGGCUCUAUUUUGGGUGUUCUUAUCCCGUUUAUCCUCACAAGUAUUUUGGGGGAUAACCGUCUUCGGAUUGUUUGGAGACUGUCAAUUGGUCUUGGUGUUAUUAUUCCCAUAUUCCUUUUGUUUUUCCGCUUCAGAAUUAAGGAAUCAAAGUCGUAUAUACGUUAUCGCCUUCAUUAUUCAAAGAUCCCCUGGCAUAUAGUACUUCAAAUGUACGGAUGGCGGCUCGUAACUCUCUGCAUUAUUUGGUUCGUGUACGAUUUGUCGGCUUGUGCCUUUGGCCUUUAUGUGAGUACAAUCGUUAAGGGAGUGCUUCCAAACAACACAUCUAUGGCGAAGACUUUUGGCUGGUCAACCGUUAUUAACACGUUUUAUCUUCCUGGAACCAUCAUUGGUGCUUUCUGUUCUGAUUGGAUUGGACCCAAAUACUGUCUUGUGGUCGGUCUCGUGCUCCAAGGCGUUAUUGGGUUCUUUAUGUCUGGUUUCUACAGUGAUCUCGUAAAACAUAUUGCGGGCUUCUGUGUUAUUUACGGUCUUUUCCUCAGUCUUGGCAACUUUGGACCUGGAAAUAACAUUGGACUUCUUGCAGCCAAAACUUCUCCCGCGUGUUUCCGCGGAUUAUACUACGGUAUUAGCGCAGCAAUUGGUAAAUGCGGUGCAAUUGCUGGCGUCUAUGCUUUUGGCGGUAACGCUAUCCGGACAUACUUCUUUAUUGCCAGUGCUUUAGCCAUUGUCGUUGCAAUUCUGACAUACUUUUUCGUGCCAAACGUAAGGCAGACAUGUAUUGAAGACGAAGAUACCCGGUUCGCUCGUGUUUGCCAAGAGAACGGAUAUAAUGUUUUUGACUUUACCGAACAAAUUCGCGUGGGGCCCAACAAAAGCUCCGCGUAACUGUUAUCAUGAUUAAUGUUUUGACGAUAUUUGACUUUGAAAAGAAGCUCUUUUUGAAAUUCUUGCGUUAAUAAUACUUAGCUGACUUUCCCAAGUGGACCAUGCUCAAUUCAGUGGUCCCUUGACAUAAGCAUCUUCAGGCGUGAAGACGAAAACAGGCAACUGUCGCAGAACACAUCCGCAACAACACAUGUGGAAUGCUGUUCUGGAAUUGCCGAUUGAGUGGCUCGACAUUGAUUGUUAAAUUUGUCGAAGAUAUCAACGAAUUGGAAUGUUCGGCUAAGCAGUUGGUUCAAUCCGCUGUACGGAUUGUAUAAUGUUGUAAUAAUGGCUUAUAUUGUAUAAGCCAUGCAAGCUUCUUAGCGCAGACAAUGAUUUUAGUAAGCUUCUCGCAAUUUAUGGAAAGGAGCUUUUCCCUCUUCCCGUCUCCUUAGUUUCAUUUUUAAAUUACUUCUCUAUAGAAAUACUAUAAUUGCAGACGAAUGGCUCAAUUCUAACAACAACCCU